AGGAAUAAUUGAUUAAUUGAUAAUACUCAAUAGUUUUGGUAGACCAACAUGGAAAUGUCACGUGUUGAAUACCACGCUUAAUAAUUGUUCUUAUCAUCAUUCACCAAUCCCCAUCACUCAUCAAACUACAAAGAGCCUCAUCCUUCUAACUCCACCACAGAGAGAGAGAGAGAGAGAGAGAGAGGGCCGGAGUCCAUGGAUAAUAAAGGGUACAGCAUGAAGGUUUUAAUGCAGCCAUGGCUAGCUUAUGGUCACAUAUCUCCUUACUUAGAGCUAGCCAAAAAACUCUCAGACAGAAACUUCUACAUAUACUUUUGUUCCACUCCAAUAAAUCUCAGUACCGUUAGGGAUAAACUGGACCACAAGUACCUACUCUCAAUCCAACUAGUAGAACUCCAUCUUCCCUCCUUGCCGGACCUUCCUCCCAGCCACCACACCACCAAUGGCCUACCCGCCCACCUCAUGACUACCCUCAAAACCGCCUUCGACACGGCCGCAACCUCAGAUUUCCCCGAAAUCUUAACAACCCUUACUCCAGACUUGGUCAUUUACGACCAAAACCAGCCGUGGGCUCCGGCCGUGGCUUCCUCACACAACAUUCCGGCCAUUCAGUUCCUCACUUUCGGAGCGGCGGUUGUUUCUUUUGGCCUUCAUAUGGUCAAGAAUCCAGGCGAAGCGUUCCCGUAUCCGGAAAUGACCCAUUCGAGCAACUUCAAAAGGUCAACAGGUAAGCAGCCUUCUGGAGAUGAGAUUAUGAAAGAAGUGCAUCGUUUCCUAGAGUCGCUGGACCGGUCUUGCGACAUUAUUCUCGUCAAGUCUUUCAGGGAGAUAGAAGGGAAGUACAUCGAUUAUCUUUCUACUUUGGCCGAGAAGAAGAUUGUACCGGUAGGCCCACUUGUUGAAGACCCUGUUGAUAUAAGUGAGGAUGAGAAUAGCAAGGACAUCAUCCAGUGGCUCGACAAGAAAGAUGAGUCAUCAACCGUGUUUGUUUCUUUCGGUAGCGAGUGUUUCCUCACAAAAGAAGAGAUCGAAGAGCUAGCUCUUGGCCUGGAGCUUAGCGAGGUUAACUUCAUAUGGGUUGUCAGGUUUCCUGUGGGCGAAAAAGUCAGCGUCGACCUAGCGCUCCCGGAGGGAUUCCUCGAUAGAGUGAAAGGGAGGGGAAUAGUUGUGGAGGGUUGGGCACCACAGGUCGAGAUUUUACGCCACUCAAGCACUGGUGGGUUCGUGAGCCACUGCGGAUGGAAUUCUGCUAUAGAAAGCAUGAAAUUCGGGGUUCCGAUCAUAGGCGUGCCGAUGCAGCUCGACCAGCCGUUGAAUGCGAGGCUGAUUGAGGAGCUGGCCGGAGUUGGUGUUGAGGUUAGAAGAGAUGGGAGUGGUGGGCUCCAAAGAGAAGAAAUAGCUCAAGUGAUAAGAAGAGUUGUGGUGGAAAAAGAUGGGGAGGGCGUGAGGACAAAUGCGAGAAAGUUUAGUGAGAGUAUGGGGUUGAAAAAAGAGGAGGAGAUCGAUGGAGUGGUGGAUGAGCUUUUGAGACUUUUUAGGAAGGGAAAAUGACAGUACCACAUGUGGAAGGCAUAGAGAAAAUGGUCCAUCUGCAAAGUCAUUUUCUCCCUCUCGAGGAUAAUGGUAGAAAAAAGACCACCGAUUAGCGAGAAAUUCUUGGGUGUGCAAAUAGGGUACAGUUAACGUGGUACUUGAUGCAUACCGUCCAGAAAUACAAUUGACGGUUCAGAUUGAAACACAUUUUUCUUUUUUUUUUUAUAAAUUCUUUCGAUAUUUUUAAUCCGGACCGUCGGUUGCAUUUUUAGACGGCCUAAAUAGACGUGUCGAGUGCCACAUGGUGCCCGAUUUACAACCAAGAAUACAUUAAAAGAAAACAUCAAACUGUCCAUAGAAGGCUUCAAUUAAGCUUCAAUCGAAGCCUUCCAUAGACAGAUUGAUGUUUUCUUUUCAUGUAUUGUACCAGGCCUAUCCUUCGGUACCUUUGUGUUUUAAAAUAUUAAUUGUCUUCAGUAGUACCUCAAUUGAAGCCUUUCUGUGUUGUUAAA